AUUGGGUCUGCUGGAUACUGGGAGAACAGGAAGAAGAUCCCAAUAGCCUUCAUCUCCACAUCAGACUUGGGUGUGAACACAUUUUCUAUUCACCAGGACAGAUUUCACUGACUGGACUCUGGACGGAGCUCUGUUUGUCGUGGACGUGUGUUUGGCAAAGGCUCAGUAAAGAUGUGGAAGGCAGCAGCAGGACAGUCCAUCAAGGUGGAUGUAGAUGAUGGAGGGGACGACUGGGAGACUGACCCCGACUUUGAGAAUGAUGUAUCCGAGAAGGAGCAACGCUGGGGUGCUAAGACAGUGGCUGGUUCAGGACACCAGGAGCACAUAAAUAUCCACCACCUGCGCAAUACGGUGUCAACAGAGCAUACAAGCUUGAAGCAGAAGGAAUUGGACAACAUGCCCAAGGCCUCACAUGGAUAUGGAGGGAAAUUUGGUGUGCAGCAGGACCGCAUGGACAAGUCUGCUGUAGGCCAUGACUACCAGAGCAUGUUAUCUAAGCACUGCUCCCAGACCGAUAACUCCAAAGGCUUCGGAGGGAAGUUUGGUGUUCAAGCUGACCGUGUUGACCAGUCUGCGGUUGGCUUUGAGUAUGCUGGGAAAACAGAGAAGCAUGCUUCACAGAAAGACUACAACACUGGCUUUGGGGGGAAAUAUGGUGUUCAGGCUGACCGCGUAGACCAAAGUGCGGUGGGCUUCGAUUACCAAGGCAAAACCGAGAAACACGAGUCCCAGAAAGAUUAUGCCAAAGGUUUUGGGGGGAAGUUUGGCGUGGAGACAGACAAAGUCGACAAGAGUGCUGUGGGCUUCGAGUACCAGGGCAAAACCGAGAGGCAUGAGUCUCAGAAAGACUAUGUCAAAGGCUUUGGAGGCAAAUUCGGCGUGCAGACGGACAGGCAGGAUAAAUCUGCCCUGGGAUGGGACCACCAGGAGAAACUGCAGCUACAUGAAUCCCAGAAAGAUUACUCCAAGGGCUUUGGAGGGAAGUUUGGUGUCCAGAAUGAUCGGAUGGAUAAGAGUGCAGGAACGUUUGAGGAUGUUGAGAAGCCCAAACCAUCUUACCAGAAAACUAGACCUGUGGAGGCUGCUGGCAGCAGCACAGGAAGUAUUAAGGCCCAGUUUGAGAAUAUUGCCAGGCAGAAGGAGGAAGAAGACCGAAAGAGAGCUGAAGAGGAGCGAGCACGUCGACAGGCCAAGGAGAAGCAGGAACAAGAGGAGGCACGUCGUAAAUUAGAAGAGCGGGCCAAAGCUCCCUCCCCGGUACCAAAUGCCAGCCCCAGUCCCACUCCGAGCCCAACUCCACCAGUCCAGACUUCUGGUUCUCUAACAUACCAGAACACAGAUGAUUCUGCCUAUGACGCUGCUGAGGAGAACGGAGCGCAGCUUUAUGAAGCUGAACCACAGAGUGACUACACGCAGCAGGAAGAGCUUUACCAGACCCCUGCUGAAGAGGGGCAGUACGAGUAUGUGGAGGACCUCGGGAUGACAGCUGUUGCCCUGUAUGACUACCAAGCAGCCGGCGAAGACGAGAUCUCCUUUGACCCCGAUGAGGUCAUCACCAACAUCGAGAUGAUUGACGAGGGCUGGUGGCGAGGCAUGUGCAGAGGGGUUUAUGGUCUUUUCCCUGCUAAUUACGUGGAAGUGCGCAGCCAAUGAUAUCCCCCCCUCCCACCCUGGCAAACAAGUAGACGCUUUCCAAUCCUCUCACCGUUUCAUGCUUUGCUCUUUCUCUCCUUUCCAUAUCUUAGUGCUUCAACACUGUGCGAGACAUCUCAGGUCUUCUAGUAGCUUUCUUUUGCUCCUUUUCCAUCCUCCACCCCCCCAACUUGAUUCCUCUGUCCUGCAGGACGACAUAGAAUAUGUCAGAGUUUCCACCUUGCAGCCACGAGCUGCAUUGUAAGACUUAUUGGCUCAUCUGCAGAAUGAAGCAUGAAAAGUGCUGAUCAGGUGCUGCUACGGUUUGAGGGGAACGUUUAGUCUUACCAAAGACCACUUUGUGACAAUACAGUGGAUGCCCGCCCACACGUGCGCAAUUCAGCUUUCAUGACCCUGCAAACUUGCAGAUGACCUUGUUGUUUAUGGAAAAACCUGACAUGUUGUGCUUGUAAUCGCCAUAAUUAGGCCGUUUAUUGGUAGAAAACUCAUUUGCACUGAAAGUAGUCAAACUUGCUUAAGGAGGUGUUUUUUCUAUGCAGUGAAUAAUAAUAAUAAUCAUAAUAAUAAUAAUAAUAUUCAGCCCUACCUCACUCACAGUGUCGUCAAAUAUAAGUAACAACACAUGGAACACACAAUGCAACUGUACCACAACAUGCUUACACACUAAUAUACUUGCAAAAAAUAGUAUUUUAUAACCCGCAGGGCAUGCUAGGAAUCCCACGCAUGCGCGAGUGGGGGCUUAUGAUUUAGUAUACAGCAGGGGUGUCCAAACUUUUUCCAGUGACGGCCUCAUAGUGAAAAAUGAAAGGAGGCAAGGCCCACUUGAUAUAUUGGAAAGCAGCACAUGUAGAUAUGCUAACAAGUUCUAUAAAAUAUUUCAGCUCUCUUCUAAUCUGUGUACAUUUUCUUCAUGUAAUAUCAUGACUUUAUUCCCAUAAUAUUAUCAUUGUUUUUCCCAACCUAAUUUCCCCAAAAUUACAACUUUUUGUUUUUCUUUCUGACUUUUUAAUUCUGAUUUUCUUUCUUUAAUAUUUCACCUCCAUGCUAAUAAAAUGACUAUUAUUUUUCCUCAUAAUAUUCCAAGUGUAGUCUGGUCAAAUGUAUAUUUUUCUUAUUAGAAUACGACUUUUUGUCUCUUAAUAUUUGACUUCAUUCUCAUAAAAUGACAGCUGUUUUUUCCAUUUCAACUUACUUGUCCAUUUUCUUCUCAUAAUUCUGACUUUAUUCCCAUAAUAUUUUGACUUUAUCCGCAUAAUUUAACUUUUUCCACAACCUAAUUUUCCAAAAAUGACAAAUUUGUUGUUUUUUGUUUUUCUCACUAUUACAACUUUUAAAAAAAAUAAAUUUAGUCAUAAAGUUAAGACUUUUUCUCGUUAGAUUACAGCGUUUUUGCCUUAAUAUUUAGACUUUAUUCUUGUAAAGUUACAGCUGAUUUGCCCAUGUUUGCUGCCGCUUUUGUUUUAGUUUUUUUGUUAAAUUAUAUUUUUAGUAUGUGCCGCAAGCCCCCCCCUCCAACCCACGGGCUGCGUUUUGGACACCCCUGGUGUGAAGUCAUUGUUGCGUGUUGUGCAUGUGUAAGUGUGUACUUUGUGUGGUGCAGUUGCAUCGUAUGCUCCACAUGUCCUGGUCAUUUUCGGUGGCACGGUGAGUGAGGCAGAUCUCCUGAUAGCGUUUUUUUUUUUUUUUUUUUGGUGACAUUUUUAUAGCC